AUGAUCAGAACUACGAUACGCAGAGUUUCAACUAAAUCUAUUCCAUACGAACCAAUACCUAAGAACAAAUACAAUCAAGUAAGAUCAGCAUAUAAUUUCAAACCAGCAAAGAACAAUGGAUUUGUGUAUAGUCCACCAGCGGCAAUAAUUAAACCACAAAUGAUCACUCCAUACAUUUUCUUACCAGAGAAUGAUCCGAGACGGGAAUUGGCAAAACAACAUCGUAUUGAUCCAAAAAUUGUUUCAGAAAUGCCAAUUAUAAGACAGAUCAAAGCUCCUCAUGAAAGAGAAUAUAAUGUUGAUGCCGAUACAAUCAACAAAAUCAAAGAAUUACGAGCUGCUGAUCCUGAACGUUGGACAAUAAAAGAAAUUAGUAAAGAAUUCAAUAUUGAGAUGAACAAAUUGCAUUUCUUUUUGAGAAGUCAAUUUCCAAAGAAAACUACAGAACCCGUCAAAGUGGUGUCGAAAAAACUGUUGGAUAGACAAAAGAGAAAGCAAUUGUGGUUGAGAAAUCAAUAUUAG